AUGCGGGCGGGAGCCCAUCAGCUUUGCAGCCUCGUCAACAUGCUGGCUCUGGCGCUCCUGGCCCGCUGCGCCCCGCUUCUCCUCCUGGGCUCCGCGGGGGGCUUCUCCUCCGCGCCCCAGCCGCCCCAGCCGCCGGCCGUGGUGCUGGCCAUCGUGGCCCGCAACGCCCAGCACUGCCUGCCCUGCUACCUGGGGGCCCUGGAGCGCCUCGACUACCCCAAGGAGCGCAUCUCCCUCUGGUGUGCGACGGAUCACAACGUGGACAACACAACAGAAAUACUUCGGGAAUGGCUCACGGCGAUGGAGGGACACUACCGACACAUUGAGUGGAGAGCGGAAGAUGGUCCCAGCUCUUAUGCUGAUGAAGUUGGGCCCAAGCAUUGGACUGAUGAGCGCUUUGAGCAUGUAAUGAAGCUCAAACAGGGAGCUCUGAAUUUUGCCCGGGCUGAGAGGGCUGACUAUAUUUUGUUCACCGACACGGACAGCAUCCUGACCAACAACCAGACUCUGAAGUUCCUCAUGGCACAAAACAAAUCUGUUAUUGCACCCAUGCUGGAUUCCCAAACUUACUACUCCAACUUCUGGUGUGGGAUCACUCCUCAGGGUUAUUAUCGCAGGACAGCGGACUAUUUCCCCACCAAGAACCGGCAGCGUGUUGGAUGCUUCGCAGUCCCCAUGGUAUAUGCUGCCUUCUUGAUUGACCUUCGAAAGGGCGAGACUGCUAAGCUGGCCUUUCACCCUCCCCAUCCCAGCUACACCUGGCCAUUUGAUGACAUCAUUGUCUUUGCGUAUUCCUGUCAAGCUGCAGGAGUCCAGAUAUACUUGAGUAACCAGGAGCACUUUGGCUUUAUCAAUGUUCCUGUGAAGUCACAUCAGACACUGGAGGAUGAACGCAUAAACUUUGUGCACCUUAUUCUGGAGGCCAUGGUUGAUGGUCCCCCCAUGGUUCCCUCCAGGCAUGUUUACCUCGCCCCAAAGCAUCUUACUAAAAUUGGAUUUGAUGAGAUUUUCCUCAUCAACUUGGCACGGCGUCCAGACCGGCGGCAGCGCAUGCUGAGUGCCCUCUCUGAGUUGGAGAUUGACGCCCAGGUGGUAAACGCAGUGGAUGGAAGUGCCCUGAACAGCAGCGAUAUCAAGAAACUGGGUGUGGACCUGCUUCCAGGCUAUUACGACCCCUUCUCGGGCAGGACGCUCACAAAGGGGGAGGUCGGCUGCUUUCUUAGCCACCAUCGUGUGUGGAAAGAGAUCGUGGAGCGGGGGCUGGAGAAGUCAGUCGUGUUGGAAGACGACGUUCGCUUUGAGCCAUACUUCAAAAAGCGCUUGCUGAGGCUGAUGGAUGACCUGGAGCAGGUGCAGCUGGAUUGGGACCUGAUCUACCUGGGCAGGAAACAAGUGAACUCUGAGGAUGAGGAGCCGGUGGAGGAUGUGCGGAAUCUUGUGGUGGCGGAGUAUUCCUACUGGACUUUGGCCUAUGUCAUCUCAUGGCAGGGGGCUCAGAAACUGAUCGAGGCUCAGCCGCUUUCCAAAAUCCUACCGGUGGAUGAAUUUCUGCCCGUCAUGUAUGACAAGCAUCCCAAUGAGGAUUACAAAAAGUACUUCCCCACCCGGGACUUGCAAGUUUAUUCUGUGCACCCCCUCCUGGCGUACCCCACUCACUACACUGGGGAGGCCAAUUGGAUGAGUGACACAGAGACCUCCACCAUCUGGGACGACGACUCCCGCAAGACCGAUUGGAGCGGCUCGCAGAAGACGCUGAAAGACGACCGAGCCAUCGGCGGCCGCACAACCGGCCACUCUUUUCGCGCAGCCUCCAGGGACGAGCUAUAA